AUGGCGACGAGUACCGCCAAGAUGCUUGCGGCGAUGGAAUCCCUCCGGAACCAGACCAAGCGGGAUUUCCAAGUCGAUCUCGUAAUAAAUGCGGCUUCGGCCCGUUUGAAGGUCGAGCUCGCGUCGGCUGCACGAAGAGCUGAAUGGUCCCUCUUCCGUGUCCCUCUUCGAAUGGGACACGAGGCAUACGUUGUGCGACGAUUGGAUGAGCACGGCUGGAUUGGGUCGGGGCUGCUUGAGGCGUGUGAUGCUCUGCACCGCGCCAACCACUGGGCUGAGGUCAACUGCCGGGCGGGUCGUGCGGUGUCGCUGGAGACGAUCCCCUCUAUCCCCCAGGAACGGAGGACGGGAGAACCGCACCGUCUCAAAAAGGCGGCGUCGGGUCCCUCUUCCUACGUUCUGGCGCGGGGACAGGUUGUGGAGUCUGUCGAUCUCCACAAUAUCGUUAAGGAAUACCGCUGGGCUAUCUUGACUCGAUGUGACAUGCAGCCCAUCGUCACCGAUACGCUGACUACCGCCCAGACGAACGAGCUCAAGGACCUCGUCCCCGGAGGUCUACGCACCGCUAUGGAAAACUUCUACGAGGACCUCAACGCACUGGCCGAACCGGGUGCGCAGUUCGCCUCUCGACACGGUGUGCGUAUCGAGACUGCCCUCCGAGCAUCGGCCCGGGGUGCACUGGGAACUGGGCUCAAGAAUGCGGCUACACGUGCCGCUUCCUACGCUGCUCUACGCCAGAUCGGUACGGACGUUACCCCAAACAGUCCUUCACCCCUGGCGGUUUCAACAACUGAGCAAUUGGCCGAAAAGGAUGCAUUGGCUGCAAGGGAGAAAUCUUUCAUUUACCUCCGGGACCAGCCACGGUCUUCAAACAAGGCAAGCCCACUGCCUAUCCCGUGGGACCCGCUCGCAUUAUCAGUAGAAACCUGCAACUCAUUUGGGAAUCACUCACUUGGGAAUCAAGAAACAGCGAACAGCGCAACAGCCGCAACAGCCGCAACAGCGAACAUGUCCCUCAAUCAGCACGAGCGAGAAACCGUAGAAGAUGCGCUAGGCACCCUGAAAACCUGCAAGCUCCAGACGAUAGCCGUAACCAAACUACCGAAAGGAAUAAGGAUUUUGCUUUUCGUCGAGAUGGACGGCCCAAUGUAUAUGGGUGCAUACGAGUAUCAAUCCCAAGCUGGGAUAGCCGUUCUGGUUACAGACUCAGGCUUUGAAAGCGACUUUGUUACUCCUAUCGGCAUCGACGACAUCUACGCCGAGGCAUCCUCCUCUUCCGACGACGAACGCACCUACGACGAAUUCCUACGCGAUACGGCAUCGAACGCGGCUUCCCCUUCAUCGACAAAUAAGCAACCUCCGAACGGAGUCCAUUGUGCUCUGGACGAGGAACGUAGUCCUUUAGAGUCUAUGGACAAGGAGGAGGUUGCUUAG